CAGUCCGAGAAGUAUGUCUGGAGAAUUAUCCUUAUGUGUCGGGUAAAAAAUUAUCGCUUUUUCAGUUCGUCCAUGAUUUUAAUUUGCUUUGUAAGUCGAUUAAAAGUGAUCUCGGAUAGUGGUGACGUGUUAAGUAACUAUUUUCGAUCGUAACCGGUGGCCAGUGCUUUCGAAAUCGAGCGGUGAAAGAUACGGAAAUCUUGUCGGCUGCGCUGUGGAAGAAUUUGCUGCGCGAAGAAGAAGAGUGUGUAGCCACUCCUGUUUCAUUGUUCUUCUUGGUUGAUGGAGGAACUUUUCGUGUAAGAUUUGAUGGAGAAUUUUUAUCAAGAGCUUUGAGAAGGUAUUGACUUGCGGAACGCAAAAGUGAAUAAGCUUAAUUGUGAACGUGAAAGUAAAACAAUAAAUCCCAGUCAAGAUGUUCGGUAAGAUGUUUGGUAAGAAUAAAGGUCCGAAGCAGAAUGACCGCAACAAGAUUUCCGAGAUUGGCCUUCCCACGGACGUGGUGCAUGGCAUACAUGUCAGUAAGAAUAAAGUUACUGGAGAUUUGGAGGGUCUUCCAAAAGCAUGGAUUCGCCUUAUGGAUGCAUCUAUCACUCACGAUGAACAGAGCAAAAACCCGGAAGCAGCCUACCAGGCAGUCAAGUUUUACAACUAUUCUAUCAAAAAGAAAGAACAGGCCGAACCAUUCAAACCGUUCAUCACCGAAGAUGCAAUUAACGAAGAGACGGAGUCAAUUGAUCAAUUCUUAGACUUAAAAAAUGCUCACAAAUCAGUGGAAUCGUUGGAUACCAGCGGAGAUGAGAACUUUUCAGAAGUAUCUCCACCACCACCCCCUCUGCCCAAGAAAUCAAUGACAUUACCACCUAAACCACAAAUCAUGCCUAAACCUACAAAUUAUCCACAUAGUAAGCUCUAUAAGGGCGUUCAAAAUUUGAACCUAAUGGAAGGGGGCAAUAAAGACACAAUGAUAAUUCAUAGCAAUAAUAGCGCACUCGAUAGUCAUAAGAGUUCCUAUGAGUUGGUAAAUAAGGUAGAUUUGGAUGCUGAAAAUGAAUUGAUACUCCGACCUAAGGAGCAGAAUGCACGAAUUCCAAAAUCAGAUGACCAGGUGUACAAGGAGCUGAAACGAAUUUGCAAUCUGAACAAUCCUUUAGAACGAUAUGAAAAAACUGUCGAAGUUGGAAAAGGUGCUUCCGGGGUAGUCUUCAUCGCACUUGACAUCAAUACUAAUCAUAAAGUCGCAAUUAAAACUAUUGAUAUGAAAAGUCAAUCGUCCAAAGAAUCCAUCCUGAAUGAAAUCAACGUGCUAAAAGAUUUCAACCAUAGAAACUUAGUCAAUUUUCUGGAGGCUUACUAUUUGGAGCCUGAGGAUCAGCUGUGGGUAAUUCUUGAGUACAUGGAUGGAGGUCCACUGACAGAUGUGGUAACUGAAACGGUUAUGAAAGAUCGGCAAAUUGCAGCUGUUUGUCGGGAAGUUCUGCAAGCAAUAAGUUUCCUUCACGCGAAAGGAAUCAUUCAUCGUGACAUAAAAUCGGACAACGUCCUGCUAGGAAUGGACGGAUCAGUUAAAGUGACUGAUUUUGGGUUCUGUGCUAAUAUCGAGGAGGAUGAAAAACGCCAAACGAUGGUUGGAACUCCAUAUUGGAUGGCACCAGAGGUAGUUACCCGUAAACAGUACGGGAAGAAAGUCGACAUCUGGUCCUUGGGAAUCAUGGCAAUUGAAAUGAUUGAAGGACAACCGCCGUAUUUGAAUCAAGCUCCCUUACGUGCUCUAUAUUUGAUUGCUGCAAACGGAAGGCCCGACGUAAGAAGUUGGGACAAACUGUCGGACAAUCUGAAGGACUUCCUGGAUCGCUGUCUACAGGUCGAGGUCGAUCAACGAGCGUCAGCCGAUGAACUACUGCAGCACCCAUUUUUACAGGAUUGCAUGGAACUGCGAACGCUGACACCCCUCAUCAAGGCAGCUAGGCGACUCUUGAAACGUGAAAAUUAAGGUUUUCGUUGUGUGCCCGAAUGCAUGAGUGAAACUAAUGCCAAAAUGGCUGUGAAAUUUAGUGCCUUACAACUAACGAUUGACUUUUUGGUCAGAAAAGCAAAGGAACGCGAAGUCAUGUGGAGCGACGAAAAAUAUGAUAAGGUUUCGACAUUUUUUCCCCUAACGAUAAGAAUUGAAUUUCAAACGACGAAGCAGGCAAGAUUGAUUGUGGCAAAGAUAAAUGAUUGAAAGUGUAUUUUCGGCGGUAAGGAGAAAAAUAUUUUAUCAUUUUUUUUUAUCAAAGCUGCAGUAGUGACGAGAAAUUGGGCCAUGUUUUAUGUGUAGUUAUAGUACGAACCCUGGGAGCAACUGUCCAAGACUAAGGUGACCUUAAGUUCAAGUGCAACAUUCACAAUAUACGACAAUUUGUCCAAUAGUGAAACAUUCCCACAGAUUAGAUAAUUUCUUGCAUUAUAUAUCAAUUUAACGUGUCUAUUAUUUUCCUAUUGUAUAUGCCGUGACAUGAUCAAAUGAAACACAUUAAAAAAAACCUGUUUGGCUUAACCAAAACUUUAUUGAUAUACAAAUGUCUUGAGAUCCAAAAGCCAAAAAAAGAAUGGAUGACUCAUCUACGAUUUCCCGUUAAAGUUCCAUCGUCAAACGACGAACGUGUUGAGGGCUUAUAAAUUGUGCCAUGUAAUAAAAAAAGCAGAGCGACGAAGAAUGAAGAAUAACGUUGAUGCUUUCACUUUUGUUUCGAUUAAGUAAAUUGCCUUCCAGAAGGGGAUCAUCUUCUGGUUGCACUGUGAAAAUGGCCGGAUAGUUGAGCUGUAUGCACUCGCUACCGUUUGCGUUCUUUCCGGUAGACAAUUUGGUCUGAAUGGGGAAGUGUUAGACAACUAAAGUAAUCUAGCAAUACGGUUAGAAUACCGUAUAAGUUAAUUUUCUGUGAGCAGUUGUGUGUACGUACGCUGCAAAGAUGAUUCGAAGUUAGCGUGUGCACUUCAACUAAUCAAGUCACGAUUUAUAGCUUUGUGUGGUCUGCUCAUGUAUAGUCGAGUAGAAGCACACGUUUUCUGUCGAUACUCAAUCUGUUCGCAUUCGAAGACUCCGAGGUGUGCUGUUCGGGCGCUCAUUGAAAAGGCAGUUGGUUUUGGGGCCCAGUUGAUUUAAAAAGAAACUAAUUACAUAACCGAAGGUGAAGUAAACUCUCUGAUUAAUGGCUCCCAAAAUAUCUGAUAAUAAUUUGAACAGGCGUUGCCAAUUUUCAAUUAUGUUGUCAAAAGCAAACAGAAGAUUAGCGCCUGAGUUUGAUUAGCGACUCCAGCUGCAGUUGUGAAGUUGAAUGAUUGAAAAUUAUGGUGCUGCGCUCUAUAAUACGAUAACAUAGACGGAUCUGUUAGGCAUGUUUUUUGCGAUUCAGUUCAAAGCUACAUACAUGUUGUUAAGUCCAAUGUAAUCUAGUAAUAAAAAUACUGUGUUUUAUGCAAUCCGAUCGGAAGUGAUUAAAAUACGGAACUGAAUUUCCGAGAUUUUUCAUAAUUAGUUCUGUUCUCACGCAAUCAUCGACAGUUUGAAAGCCAGCUUGAAGCAGCCUUUGUGUGCUGGAAUCAAUUCAGAUGCAAUUCAAUGAUGAAUAAUGACCUCAAGGAAAAUUAUCUCAGAUAGAAUCUGUCAGCUAGUGAAAAAAAAACAAAGGAUAAUUAUUUUACAUGACAGUGUAACAAAAAAGAUCACUUAUGCAUGCUUUCCACAUAUUUUUUGGAAAUUUUCGAGAAACAGUUAUGAUUGGAAGAAGUGGACUUCCGCUUUAAGUAAACAAUCACGUUAAGAUGAUUUGAAGACUGCAAUCGUAGAAAACAUCAUCAUAUAUCGCGAUAAGUUGCGAUUAUUUUUGAGUAUUUUUUUUGUUUCAAUUAAAGUCGUUUUACCAUCAUUAUGGCAUUCGCAGAAUUAUAUCGACGUUGCAGUUGGCGGACAGUCAUUGAAAAACUUAUCCGGUACAAGUGUGUUCGAUGUUUACUCUUGGAGCUUACUAUCGACCAAUAUUUUUCGAUUGGACAAAGUUCUGGUAUGUUGAGAAGGUUCUUAUCCUUGGGAACAACCUGAAUGUUGUUGGCGGCAUACCAGGCCAUGGCCUUGUUUCAUAAUGGCAGGAUGCCAAAUCUGGCCAAAACUGCACAGACCAGUCAUUUUUCGUCAGGAAAGGCAGCAAACGCUUUUGAAAUCACUCUUUCACGUAAAUUUCCGGAUUGAACAAAAAAUUCGCUUUUCAAGCCACAGGUACUGCCAGCUUUCCAAACGAGAUAUUUGUUGGCAAACUAUGAUUGUUUAAUAUGCUUGAAAAUGUCUGCCACCUUUCCCCUUCCGGUUGCUGUAUAACAUUAUUGUCCAGGAAGCUGUCUGAAGUCUACCUUGGCGUGGGUUUCGUCGUCCAUUACCACGCAAUCAAACUUUGCCAGCAAUGUCGUAUAAAGCUCUCGAGAUCUUGUUUUUGCCGUUAGUUUUUGCUUAUCGUUGCGAUUUGAGGUAAUUUCCUCCGGAUAAGUCGAUAGUUCGGAUCGUUUUUAGCUUCAUGCACGAUUGUUGACGAUAUUCCUAACUUAUUUGCGACAUCACGAACGGAGUGGUUGGAGUUGCGCUUGAAAGUCACGUUUUUGUUCGUCACUACGGCUUCCAGCUUUCGAUUUCCUCCAGAUUAAAGCUUCCUAGUUGUCGACAAAAGUUCCCCGAACACUUUUAUUACUUUUGUAACGGUUGGCAUUCGCCACAUUCAACGUUUUUCGUAUUUCUGCGUGCGUGUACUUUAUAUUUUCAGGACGCAUGAAUGAAAUUCUAAAGAUUUAAAGAUUUUAUGUCAAAAUCCAAAUAGAAGCAUCAUUGUAUACACCAACCCCCUGGCAACUUGACAGUUCGGUCGAGUUUCGUGUGUCUGUUUCAAAAUCGUAGAUGUCGCAUGAGUGCCGCUUGUUUACAUACUUUUUGAGUCAUGAAUAUGGAAAGUGCAUACAAUUAAAUGUGGUGCGAAUCAGGCAAAUUCAUAACUUUCGAAUGAAUAAAAAAAAAGUUUUAACCGAAAUUGUUAAUCUUAUUCAAUAUUCUACCGAUUUAUAUAUUGUGUAGGAAGAGUAUUUCUAUAAAAAGGCAAAAGUUCUGCUAUAAUGUAAUUGUUUUGUCAUUUUAAAAUUUUCAUAUGCAUCGCAGCUUAUGGCAAUCACUUAAUGAUUGAUGCUGAUGCAUUUAUUGUGCUUGAGUGUCUUCAACAGUUUCGGUGGAUAGUAAACUUGUCCCAAAAAUCUGCCGGAUAUCAGUAAUUUAUUUAAAGCAGCCCAGAACUUUUAUACCGUAUGUAGGACACAAAUUACCGCUCUACUCGUUUUCUUGGACUAAACUAUUGAAAACAGAUUCACUGCACAUAAAACAUAGCUAAAAGUUCCAAAUUCAAAACUUUUUUUUAGUUAUUGAAUCAGUUACAGAAAACAUAUUUCAAUAUGCGUCCUUCCGUUAUGUAGCUCGAUUUUCGAUUUGACAGAACCAGAGAACCAGAAAAAACUGGCACACGCGAUUUGUAUGGGAAACGUCAAGUUGCCAGGGGGUUGGUAUACACAUACCUACAAAAUUAGGGGUGUCAGGUUUUUUAUAUAAAUGAUUAGAAAAAUUACGGUGAAUUUGAUCCUAACACCCUUUAUCAGAGAGGCUUCCUCGGAAGAUUUGCCUCUGAGAUUUCAAUAGAUCAACUUCCGACGCCAGGAAGAAAAGACCAUAACGAAUAAGUGACGUUCAUGCAAUUCAGUAAUGCUCGUAAACUCUCCAAGAAGUGGUUUUCGAAGGUGUUUGCUCCCAAAAUCAUUUCUUUUGUAAAAAACGCUAGGUGUCCGAUGGAAGCGUCCUAGUAUCAGAAACUGUUCAGCCCACUGUAAAGCUGAAGAUAUCCUAACUGUAGUUGGGUCAAUUUCAGCCUCUUUCCUCCUUCAAAUACCAUGGCAUUCCUUCUGCCGAUGGAUCAGAACAUUAUUCAGACGACCAAAACUAGUUAUCGAUAGAAGCUGAUGCGAAGUUUUCUGUAUCGUUCACGAGAAUUUUGCCCCAAUGAUAAGCAUAUGAAUAUUAAAGAUGCAAUGUAUUAGAUUGCUGAGGCAUGUGAUGCAGCACAAUGCAGUUCAAGCAUCUUCCAUUUAAAUUUAGGAAGAUCGCUUUACAGAACGGUAGACAUCCCGCUGGUUGUUAUCAGAGGGCGGCUAACAUCGAUUAAAUAAAAAAAUUGAUGGAACAGAUUAACAGAUUGCAAGUAGAAGACUUUCAGUUCGACGUGAUGCAUGAUGAAGAAACUGUGAAAAAUGUUUUGAAUCCCGAUAAAGAUUCUUCAUCUUAUGAAGGCGAUGAUUUUUAAUUAAAGCGAAUUAAAGCGGAGAGAGGAUCCACCUAGCGAUAUGAAAGAAAAAGAUGAGAUUAUUCCCGAUGUUCCUUUACUGCCGUUCCAAGCAAGAUUGCCCCAUGUGCAAAAACGUUCAGUGGAGAAAAAUGCGAUUAAAGUUUAAACAAUAUUUUCAGUUUUUCUUUUAAAUUUAGGUUCCACCGACAGUUUAAUCGUAGUAAAUAGUUCAUGUUGAUAAAUUUACAAUGCAAUCUGUCAAAAAAGUUACAUUUCCUACGACAACCUGGAAGUUAUAGUCAAAAAUGCUUCGUGUGACGAAUUUUCGAAGGUGAUAAAAAGUAUUAAAAAAACAACUUUUCUUCCUUUAAACGCUCGUAUUAAAUAUGUCUGAUUAGCAAUCAAGUGAAGUUCGCUAACUAUAUCUUUGAGUUAUCCUAUCAAAUCAGAGCUGCAUCGUUUCUUCUGAAGCAUUUGUUCAUAAUGAGGACAUACAAUUCAAUUUUUUUUUGUUUUAUUGCAUUCGCGACUUUAUCAACGUUGCAGUUGGCGGAAAGUUAUUGAAAAACUUUUCCGGUACAACUUUGUUCGAUGUUUACUCUUGGGCUCGAACUCACGGACAUCGGCUCAGGAAGCAACUGACUUGCCAACUGAGCUAUAUCAUAAGCCCCAUACAAUUCAAUUAAAAACAAAACGCAUUAAAGGUUCUUUCCUUCUCUUCCUCCCACUUUUCCCGCGCCAUCAACAUUGGAUAACAUUAUAGGUUUGACAGUUUAAUUCAACUCAAUUUAUCUCAGAAGACACAUUCCACCGUGACGUGAAAUCGCUUUUCCGGACUUUUCUGAACUGUUAUCGUUCUAGAAGUCAACCAAUUUACUUGAAAAUGAAAAAAAUUGUAGCAAACGGUCGCAAAUUGAAUUUAAUUCAAAAUGAAUAUAAUUUGGUCAUUUUAAAAUUUAAGUUGUUUUUGUUGUGACUAAUUACUUUUGUGACGUGAAUUCACGCUAGAAUUAACCAUUUCGGACUUUAGUACAUACAUCUUUGAAUUCCUGUUCUCUCUGUGGAAAUAGAAUAUCGGUGUCUUCGAAUGAGUUGUGAAGAAAACAAUUACCCACAACUUGAUGUACGGAGCUUCUCGAUUGAACAACAACGCUGAUUUGAAGUUGUGACGUGAAUUCACUCAGUUCAAACAGAACAGGGUAGUUGACUGAAUUCACGUCACGAAAUAUAAAGUUAUACUGUGGUUAUACUGCACCAUUCUUUGGAGUCUACAAAUUUUAUGUACACUUUCAAAAACGAUAUUUUGUUGUUCCGACUUUUACAGUCAUAAAUUUUUAGUAUCUGCACCUAACUUUUUCCUUAUUUCGAUUGGCACUUGAAUAGCAACAUAUUGAGGGAUCAUAUGUUAAAAUAACUACUGUCUUUAUUUUAAGAUUCACAAAAAAAUUUUUUUUUUUUCAAUCUUUUUGUAUUUUUAUUUGAAAAUAAUGAACUUAUUAAAAAAUCAACAAAAUUAUGCUCGAUUUGUCAAAAUCCGACCAUCUGGAGGGUCAAAACAGCUUUCAGAGCACAUUUUCAUAUAAAAUUUAACGAAAAAUCAAAUGUUGUGACGUGAAUUCACUCAUUCGCGCUGUUGUAACUCAGCUAGAUUCCAAUCGAUUUCUAUGAAUUUUAGUGUUUCAGAAUCGUCUUAUCAUUUUUAAAGAAAAUCUCAUUUUUUUAUUUCAAAAAAAGUCAGAGUUUUCUCGUAAAAUUAAAAACUUCCCUUUUUUGUGACGUGAAUUCACUCAUUUGCGAUUGUUUUUGUUCGCUUUUCAAACCAACUAUUUUGGAUAUAAACAAAUUCUUUUUUCUACAAAAUGAAGCCGUGUUUUUUGGCUUCUGAACAUACUAAAAAUAUUUCCGAAAAAAAAUCAUCCAUAUAUUAAAAUUAAUGAUUUUGUAAAAGUUGUCAAAAACACCACUUUUUUCAACAAAAAAACUGAUUUUCAAAAUCAUCUAACACAUGUGUAAAAAAACUUUUUUCUCUUUUUUCCGUUGGUUUUGUGUGAUUUGAAUUAUCAAAAUUAUAGACAAUUUUGAGAUUUUUUGAUACGCGAACGGAUAAAAAUCACUUUUGAGCGGUACAAGCGCGUGGAAUGUGUCAGAAGCGGUUUUUCAAAAAAUUGAUUUUUUUCAUCUAGAUAAUGUGACAUUCUUGACAACCACCUUGAUCAAAAUUUAGCGUUUCUAUUCGAAAGUUUACACUGGAAGAGGCAGUUUCCAGCAAAAAACUGAAAAUGACCCAAAAGUCACAUGGGACACUCUUGCGUAGAACGGCAGUUAAGUUGUAGUAAAAUUUUCUUCCGAACGAGAAAAAAAUUGUUGGUUUUUCAUUUAGUUCCAACGUUAACAGAAAAAAAAAUUGAAGGGACUUUCGAGACACCGGAUAAUCGAGUCUAGGUAUAAUCGGGAUCGACCUUUACUUUAAAUUAUAUAAAAUGACGAGCACGGAAGGCAAAACCAGUCCCAUUUUUUACGGUUUGUGUUUUCUUUAGGAAUAGUUUGAAUAUUCCAAUAAUUCAGAAAAUUUUUAUGAAAAUUACUUUUUUUUUAAAUUUUAUUCAUUCCCCCCCCCCCCCCUCGGAUUUUUCAGAAAGAUCUCGGGAGACGGGCUCAGAAAAGAAUAAUUUUAUACUUGUUUCGGCUUAAUAACUGAUAAAUUACUGGUAAUUUAAAAAAAUAUAUUUUUACCAAGGAUUUUGAACAAAUUCUAUAAAUUGUAACUAUUCUUAAUGACAUUCUGUUGAAAUACUGAUAACACAUGCACACACAAUUUUCCAUUUUUCCACAGUGCCAAGAUUUAUGAGCUGAUUUCGAAGAAUUGAGGAGUGUCAAAUCCAAAUAUGAUUUAAUUUUUUUUUUAUCUGCUAUUUGGCUUCAAGGGCAAUCUUCUUUAAAUAAGUUGAAAAAUCAUUCUAAAAAAGUAUAGUUUGUUAGUUGUUUCUUAAACAGUUUGCAGUCUUGCAAAAAAAAAAAACCAAAAAGUCCUCCUUCAAUGAAGCGGUGAUUUGGUGAUGGUGUGAUUUCUUUUCUUUAAAGAAUUGUAUCUCUGAAACUUUAUAAUUGUUUUUCAAAUUCUACACCCACAGUUCGAAAAUUGAUUAAAAUUCACAUUGGCAAAAUAUGCAUUGUCUAAAUUUCCUCAUAAAAACUGUCUCUUUCAUAUUUCAGUAGUAUGACGAUCAAAGUGUUAUGGUUUUGUCUCUUGAAAUAUUACAAGAUGUCAUUGUUAUGGCAUCUGUAUUCGUGGUCUAUUCUUGGGUCUACUUUAUACAAGAAUUGAACCAAAGAAAUUAGAUCCGAUCCAAUGAAAAUACUGGCAACUGCACUCGUGUUCCAUUAACUGUCAAACGGUUUAGAACUGCGUAAAAUCUGGGGGAGGAAGACUGAUUAAAAAAAGAAAAAAAUCUUACAAACGUCAAAUUUCUCUCAUCAAUCUACCGACCAGUGCGAAGGUUCGAAAUUUUACCUUCUUAACCAGUGAUUUUAAUAAAACUUGUUUGAUGCUGAAAAGCACUUGUUUUGCAUAAAACAAUGAUUUAAUUAGAUUUUGUUUCGCUCUGGCAAAUUCUUGCAUGAUUAAGCCCGGUUUACAGUUCUUGUGAACUCGAACUCGAACGUGAACGUGAACUCACCACAGUGAAAAAAUAUUCCGCAGUGAAAUGUCAAAUCGGUCAAAUCUUCAAAAUUAGUAAGAGGUUUGUUCAACUGCGGGUAGAAAUUGGUUUCGAUCGGAAAAUGACAGAUCAUUCAACCAAUGUUUUGAUCGAUACUUGUCGAACCAAUGCUCAAAUUUAAAUUCAAAUUUCUCAAAAAAACAUAUUGUUCUUCUUCAAAACAUAUUCAGCUUUGAGAACGAUUGAUUUAAUCAAAUAAUCCCAAAGUUUUUAUCUUUGAAUACAAUGAAUUUAAAUUAAAUUUUAUGAAUUUAAAGUACUCCUAAAAAGUAUUUAUCGAUCAAGGAGUAACGAGCUUUAGCGAUUCGUUUCUUUUGAAAAACUUAUUGAAAGGACGUUAUGAAUAUAACUUCUACAAGAUAGCCAUUUUUUGUUCUUGAUUAAAAAUUGACAAACAAAAAUUUCAAAAUUACUUUUAAUUAGUGAAACAAUUGAAAAGGUUUUUAUUUAAUUAAAAUGCAUCAGUUAUCUUUUGUUUGUUAAUUUUUCUGCUUUUCAGUUCUCCUUAAAACACAUUAUUUUUGAAUGAUUUCAUAAAUUUUCAUUAUUAUUUCCAUACCUUUUCUGAAACACACAUUUGAACAAAGCGGAAUCUAUUUUUUUUUAUUUCAAUGGAAUUUGGCCAUUCGAUGAUCUUCAUUUACAUUUAUUCGUUGAGAAGCUCUUCCAACAUGUACAUUUAUUCGUCGAGAAACUCUUCCAACAGGUGCAAUUAAAUGAUGCCCAAGCGGGUUUUAAAGUUAAAAAAAAAAAAUCGUAUGCGUUUCAUUUCAAACUCGUAGUAUUUUAAGCCUUUAAUUGCCUUCAAAUGUGCUUACAAAUUAAAAAAAACUAAUUUUUUAUGAAGCAAAAAUUUUUCCGUCAUCGGUGAAAUUUUUUUCAGAAUGCACAUUGCCAUUCGGACGUGAAAAUGAACGCGGAAUUUAUAUUCACCACUCUUGUUCGUUUUCCGUUUUCACGUUCGCUCAGUGCGUUUACACUUCGAGCGGAAUGUCAGUGAACGCGGAAAAAAUAUUCCGCAGUGAAAAUCGGGGGAAUUGAAAUAAAAUUAAGAUUAAAGGGCUUCGAACAAGGAAAUCAGUUCAAAAAUAAUCGUUCAACCAUUCCGCAUCUAUUCCACCUAGUUUCGCAGCCAUGAAAUGCAGCAUAGUCGAGUUUUUGAAGAAUAUAAGUUUUUUCAUUUUCACGUUCGAAAGAACUGUAAAUGCACCUUUAGGCGUAUUGAGUCGCUCAAAUUUCGCCAAAGUUUUGAAGCUGAUAAAUAAAAAUGGUUUGAUUAAUAGUUGUUCUAAAAAUAGCUAAAUCUAAAUUUAGCAGCUAAACAACUGAGUUACAUGACUCGCUACACGAAUCUGAUCAUCUAAAGUUAAAAUUUGAACGAUUACAAAUCUUUUCAACAAUUGCUGGCUUUUUGCCGAACAGUAAAAAAACGAUACAGAAAACGAUACAGCAAAUUUCAGUCUUCCUCCCCCAGCGUAAAAUUGGAUCCAAAUCUCAUCAGUUUUGGAUCAAUCCUCAUACAAGCUCUAAAAAAAGUUGAGUUGAAACUGGUAUAAUGGAUCACCAAUCCCGAGCAGACUUUUAUGGCAAAAUUAUAGCAAAUUUUGCUAUCACGCCUUGAGAGCCAAACUUGCUCUCAUUUUGCUUGACAUAAGGUGGUACACAGCAAAAAUGAGAGCACAAAUUUCCAUACAUGGUUAGCAAAGUGAUGCCUAAUUUUGCUAAAACUGAGAGUUCAAUUACACCUCGAAUUCUGAGAGCUUGGAAAGCAUAAUCAUGCCAAUUUUAGGCAUCAAAUAAAUUUCUUUUAUAGCAAAAUUUGGCAUCAAUAUGCUUUUAAACUCAAACUUUUGAAAAACGACGUAGUAAGUUCACGUAUGAAAAUUUGGUUCUCAUUUUUUGCUGUGUAUCACCCUACCCAAUCAAAAUGAGCGAAAAUUUGAUGAUUAAGGCGUGAUAGCAAAAAAUUUCUGAUAGCAUUUUACCGUAAAAGUAUGUUCGGGAUGGGACUCCCCAGACAGUAAACGUUUGAAAUUAUACUAAUCAUCUAAGAACCUUUGUACAGACAUCGCGUGCAAAUAUAGGUACACGAAAGUAAACAAUGCUUGAAUUGUCUUCACAAAGGCGCUUCUAUAGUAAACCCGAGCAGACUUUUAUGGCAAAAUUAUUCCUAAGGGAUGAAAAUCCCGAAAAAAAAUAACUGAAAUCACCUGUAUUGGGAUAAAUAAUCCCCCCUGAAAAAAAACGCCUGUAUUUAUGCAAUCAUAAGGAAAUACUAUAGCUAUAAUAUGAGGUACAUAUUUAAACCUUUUAAAAAUCGCCUUUACUUAUGCAGCGUGUAUAACGUUUAUCAUGUCGGUUAUUUUUUUUUACUAAUGUUUGGUUUUAAUUUUAUAAGCAACUUUUAUACACAGCAAGAAAAAUUCGUGUAAUUUUAGAUUGAAAACGAUGCACGAAAACGGAACACCGUUUAUGAUCUAAAAUUACAUCAUCUUUACAUCGAGGCGUGUAAAUUUAGACCAAAAACGAUGCACGAAAAGAGAACAGCAUAUUGUCGUGUAAAAAUACACAGCGAUGUAAAAUUUUAGAUUUUUUUUCGGAAUAUUAGAAAUUUUUAUGAAAUAUUAGGAUAUUAUGAAUCGUUUGAGUAGAAAAAUACACUAUAGUUUACUGUUAUUAAACAUUUAUUUUAAAAAACAAACAUUGAAGAAAAAAAGAACACCCACCAUCAAGAGGACCGCCAGGCUGGGGCACUGUUGAAAAUAAAGAUGUUAAUUCUGCUGAUAUUCUAAUCUGUCAGCCGCAGUGGGGGGCCAAAGGGAAUCCCGUUCCGGACUGUCAGAGUCCGGAUCCAUACGUCAUCCAUAUGUCAUUACGUCACUGGUCGGGUCAGGAUGGAUUUUGCUUGCAAAUGUCCCGAAUUGUUCAGGCAAAUUCCUCUCCUGGGAAUGAAAUUCCGGAUCCCUGCCCCUUCAAAAUCUGCCGUCGCUGUAAUCGAGAAACAAAUAAUGAUUUUCAAUAACAUCAUUCGUUUGUUUUCAACUUAAAAAUCUACCACUUUUACCAGAGAGCUUCGUCUUAGAAUGAAGACACUCGGUUCCCGAAAAAUGACUCGACUGACAAAUGGCACAAACAACAGUUUCAGUCAAUAUUAAAUCAAACAGAUAUAAUUUUACACUGCUUGUGAUAUAAAUUUCAUUGGUCGCUUUAUUUUUACAUCAUGGAAUGUAAAAUUAUACCAUAACAAUUUAUUUUUAUUCGCUUUUUGUGAAAAGACUAAAAUUACAUAAAAAUGAGUGGAAAAUUACAUCUUUUUAUGAUUAUACUUGUGAAAAAAUAGAUCACUCGUGUUUUAGAUUUCGUAUACUUUUAGAAAUUUUUUGCUGUGUAGAAGUUCACCAAGUUUGAUCUGACCUAGAGUGAAGUUCGCUUUCGCUGAUCAUAGUUGAAAAUAAAACAAAUAAAAAGAAAUUUUAAUUAUGUGCAAUUCCAUGUAAACCCGAAUAGGAUUGCACCGUGAAAACACCAUGAAUUCCAUAUUCACAAACCAUAAAUUGUAUGGUUUACACCAUGAUUAUAAUCGUCCACGAUACCGUGAAUACACAUUGGAAUUCAUAGUUUACGACCGUACAUUUCAUCGUUUUGCCGAAAAUAACCAUGAAAAAGGGGUAUUGUUAUGCAGCGUGACCAUGAAAAAAAUGGCGAUUUUCCAUACAUUGAGAAGCCCAAAAAUAUGAAGUUCAUUGUUGUAGCAUCUUCCAAUUUUUCAUAGUAAAAUCAUGAAAAUCCGAUGAUUUUCAUUGUUAAACCGCUGUAAUAAAAAUUUUUGCUUAUGGUGGGUUUUUUGUACUCGGUUUUUUUCUGUCAUCAUUUUUUCAUGUUUGUUUUAGCAAAAAAAAAAACAAUAAAUUUCUUGACAUUUAUUAUUUAUUCUAAUAAUCCUGACACAUUACUUACAAUUAAUUAUUCACUGGACUGCUUUGAGGCUCGCAUCCCGUCAUCCAUUGGCUACCGGAACCUGUGCCAUCCGCAGAGUGUUUGUUGCUAGAAUAUAAAAUAUUAUUAAUGAUUGUCUCCUGUUAACUUUAACUUUAACUUACCGUUGCGCCAAUCUCCGAACACUUUGAAUAAACAUAUUAAAAAAACCUUCUAAAACAUAUAAAAAAACUUUCGAAAACCCUUCUCCCGACCGAGAAUGAUUGCGGAGAGAAAAAAAACGUCCCACGAGCUGCGGCUGUCAAAAAAUCGCCCUACACGAAAAACUUGGAAUUGUGAACUCUUGAAAAAUUUACGCUCGCCGGAUGUUGUUUUUACCAUGAAGUUCAUGGUCACAUUGAAAUUCAAUGGAAAAAGAAUGUGAUACCAUGGUUCUGUUCUAUUCGGGAAUACUUAAAAAAAAAAUAUUUUAAUUCAUGAUUCUGGAAAAUUCUGAUCUUAUUAACAGAUUUACUUCUGUAAACACAUUCAGGUUUUCUCUUAUCAAAAUUUAAGAACUUAAUUUUAAACUAUCUAGAUUUUAAAUAAAAAUUUAGAUUUCCAAGGAAAAAAAGUAGAUUGGGAUUUAAGAUAAUGAUUCAGCCAGAUUUCAUUUCUCUUAAUUAAUAUAGUUUCAAUAUAUCUCGUGUUAGGUCCGCAAUGUGUCAAUUACUAUUCCAGAGAAAUGAAAAGUAAAAACUGUUCAAAGCGAUAAAGGGCAAUACAAGAGUUAUGAAUGCAGUGUAAUUACUUUUGUUGAACUUAAUGCAUGAAACAUGAAAUUUUGCAUAUGCAAAGUUAAAGAUCUUUGUGCGUACACCACUAUUGCUUUUGAAUCAAAAACGGUGCCUUUGGUUCAUGUUUCCUCCUCUUCGAUUGACAAAUUCAACAAAUAUAUUUGGACGUAAUGAGUCGUUUAGUCCUAUUUUUUACUCAUAAUUGUUCCUUUAGAACACACUCUAUUUGAAUGCUGUUUUAAAGAACUGUAGAUAUGAAUAUAAAAAUGUUUAAAAAUAGAAUGAAAUUAUUUGCGUUGAUUCCAUCAAUUAUGUCAAAGCAAAGCAAAGCAGACAGAGUAUAAAAUGUCUAUAGGUUUGCUUAUGUGAAGAUGAGAUAAUAAAAAUUGAAGAUAACUCACCGGUUUCUAAAAUAAAAUUGUCCAACAUGUCUCGAUUCCUUUGAGCAGUUUCGUUCACUAAAUAAGAUUGAGGUCAUCAUUAGACGGCUGGUAUUAUAGUGAGGUUGAUUAGUUGGGUCGCUUUUUGCAUAUUCGGGUUCUGCGUAAAUAGAAUACCUUAGCUGGUAUAACUAACUUGAUCCAGAACCUUUCCAGUAUCGUUCAAAGCUCCUCGAAACAACUGGAUGGCAUCCUACGUCUUUCCUAAUGUUCCGUUCAAAUCGAUUACUAAGGAUAUCUUCUCGGCACUAAUUUUAGCAGAUUGUUCGUCAUCGGGUAGGAAAAGAUUUUGAACUUUAAAUGAACCCAUUUUCCUGGUUCAGUUGAGAUGGAUAGAUAUUGGCUAACUUUAGGUUUUCUGGAACCGGUACUGGAAAUACAAAUGUAAAUGUUAACUUCUACGGCGAUAAUUUUACUCAUCGUACUAAAAUACUCAUGACAAUCAGGAAAAGAACAGCCUUUCCUGUUUUUUUCUUCUUGCUGCUUCUGUAACAAGUAUUACCAUGUUUGCUUCGUUUGAUUAUGUUACGCUGCCUCAUUAGUGGUAGGAAAACCACCAGCAUUCUAAUCCGGCACGAUCGAAAAUGUCUUAAACCACCUGCAAGCAAAUGCGCAAACAGUAAAUUUGAUCACCAGUUAGAUUUCCAAAAGGAUCCUAAUAUUGUUUAACGCUAAUUUCAUCUUCUUACCUCAAAUGCGAUGAGAUCCAGGCUGUUAAAAGUAACCGAUCUGCAUCAUCGGUAUCAGGAGCCAAAUAAACAAAAUUUAAAAAAAACUUAUAGUGGCUGGCGGGUUCCUCCAGCUCCACCGCGGAAUAGAAUCCAAACACUCCACCUGAAGGUGUAUUUAUGAACAAAAUACGAUGGCCGAGGAAAUAACUCAAAUCACACAGAUACCCGAGGAAAUCACUCAAAACUAUCGGAGAAUAAAAGGAUCCCGACCCGGAAUAACGUCGGUCGAUUUGUUUUAAUCUUUUCACCAAACAGAACAGCUGUUUUGAUACAACUACACGCUUGCGAAAAAACAGUCAAAAACGGACUAAAAUUUAAAAGAUUGCAAAACAUUAAAACAUUUAUUUAAUGAAUAAUGAUUCUGAAUAUAACGUUAUCACAAAGCAAAAAAAAAUAGUAGGUUGAAUAUAAUUGACAAUAACCAUUUCGUUCGAUUCGACGUUAUACACGUAGAAACUUCUUUUUUACGAUUUGAAAUACUGACCAGAUAACUUAAAGAUUUUAGAAAUUUCAUGCAAUAAUAAAAAAAUAAAAUCUAAUUACAAUGCAAAUCAAUGUUUUAAUUAAGUUUGUGAUCCCUUGAUAAAAAGAAACAAUAUUAUAUUAACAAAAUGUUCUUGUCUAGGGGCCGUUCAGAUACCACGUGGACAGAAAAAUGCGACCCCCUCCUCUCCCUCCGUAGACAAGCGUGGCAAUUUUGCGAACCCUUACCCCCUUCCUUGGGUGUCCACGUGGGCAGAUUUGAAUUGUUUUUCUCUCUAAAUCUAAUUUGAUAGAAAGAAAACAAUUAUUUUUGGUUUUCUUUUUAUUGAAAUGGCUGAUUUAAAAAAAACGAAUAAGCAUUUCUGAUAUAAAAUAAUUUAAAAAUAAUUGAUUUCUAAAUUACCAUAUUUAUCACUGAUUACUUUAACUUAAACUGGAAAGCUUUGCAAUUUUAAGAUUUUGAUGUAAACAUCUUUAUAUUUAUUCACCUUUAUAAAAUAUUUUGGAAGUAAGUAUGUCAACGUGGUGGACAUGACCCAAACCCCUACCUCCCUCUCCGUGGACAUUUCCAUUCACACCCCCCGCCUCUCCAAGUUGCCCACGCGGUGUGUACACGGCCCCCUACUUGGAGAGGACUACACUAAAUCAGGGCACUCACUGCGUAACUUCAGUUUCCAAAAUAAUGACGUUUUUUUUUACAAUGACUGAAAAAUCAACACUAAAAAAUGUGAUCACUUUUCCUGUAACGAACAAAUUUACUGUUUGUUUUCAGUUCGAUUUAAUUUUUAACUUCUAAUUAAUUCUUAUUUUCCCUUACAAAAAAUUGGAAACCAAAUCAUGCUAUCAUCUUGAUCUCACUUUUCUGUUCCAUCAUAAUAAAUAAAUCUUAAAAAUGCCUUGUCUUGUUAUCUUGGAAAAAAAACAAAACCAAAAAGUGCUUUCAUUUUGGUCUCAAUGACUCUUUCAGGUAUUGGUUAGGCAUCAUCUUUCGACAUAUUGAUGCUUCAAUGAAACCUAAUUUUGCCAUCGGAAAAAAUGCGAUACUAAAUUGUGCUAUCUUUUUGCCAUUGAUAGCUCAUUUUGGUGACUGUUUGCUAUCAAUUCAGGCAUCAAAGUCUGCUCGGGAUGCGGUUGCUUGGGUCGGAAUUUGGGUCUAAACCGGCUGUUUGGACCACGGAUACAGGUGCUCUUAGGUACUAUCAAUAAUAUUUUAUUUACAGCCAGUUUACAGUUUCGAUAAUACCUACAUGUUCUUAGUCGAUGCUGCUAACAAUUUUAUGAAAAGUCCGCAUUGAUUAGAUAAAUUACUCUACAUUAUAUUUAAAUCAUCGGAAAUAGAUCAUAAAAAAUUUGUUCCUUUGUUUUAGUAUGAUUGUAAAAUAAUCACAAAACCAAAAAAAAAAUGGCACCAUUCAAGUUGAAGUUUUUACCUACUAUUUAACUAUGUAAGGUGUAUAUUCGAAAAAAUGCCCCCCUUUUUUGUGAAUAACUUUUAAAUGCAUGGAUGGAAAUUGAUGAAAUUUUCAGCGAAGUUAUUUGGUACCGUAAUGUUUACAUGUGCAAAUUUUUGUGAUGUUUUGUCAAAUGGUUUUUCAAAUAGCGUCCAAUGAAAAGUUUUUUGACUUUAAUUUUUGGGCAGCACGUGCGUCAUCUAUAAUGCAUGUCGAAUUUAGACGAUUGUCCUUCUUCGGCACAAAAACAAUAUACUAUAUACUUUGUAUGGAGCAUACUUCGGCACAAAAACAACAUAAUUUCCACAGAUCGUUAGCCUCCUCGAGUACCUACUAGACAUUAAAUUUUUCAAUUUUUUCUCCCUGUUUAUCCCCGGGAAACACAGGCGGGAAUUGUUAACGAAAUAUUUCUGGUUGUAAUCCUGCCAGGUGACCGCUAAAGAGUUCGUUUUGCUGUCCAUUACGAAAUUUUUCAAAAUAUCUCCCUACAAGCAGUCCAAAUAUUUUGCUCAUGAUUUGACCACCGUAAUUUGUUUAUUUACCGGUGGGUAGCUUAUCUACUUUGUAAAAAUGAAGUCAGGCUUAUGUAUGAGUCAGCUAGACGAACCCGUUGACUUUUGCCUUUUUAACAAAUUUGACUUUUUUAUCACUUCAGUUAUUGAUAUUUUCGGAUUGAGCUUGAAAAAACCUCUCACAUUCCUCUCAUUCAUGGAAUCAAUCAUCUUCACUUUUAUUCAAACUUAAGCUCACUAUUGGAUCAUCUAAGACUUAAGAUUUCUUAAACGAUUUACCAUGUGAAUUUUAGUCGAUUAGCUUAUUUUCAUCAAUUAUGGGUCUCCCACUGGAACUUUCCUGGAUUUUUCUCGAUUCAGCUAAAAUAAUUUUGUCAAUGAACUUCAGAAUUGCACGCUAUCUCAAAAACAGUUGAUAGAUUGUCACCAAAUUUUGUACACGUAAACAUUACAUUACUAGGUAGCUUCAUCAAUUUCCAUCCAUGCAUUCAAAAGUUAUUCACAGAACAAAGUGUUGCAUUUUUUCGAAUACACAUCUUAGUAAUAAAUCGGUAUAAAAAUAGGGAUAAUUUAUGCUAACGAUUGUAUACUGUUUACCGGAAUUCCGUUUAGCGGAAGUACCAUUUACUGGAAAACCAUAUGUCCGAUUUAGUUUAAUAUCUAUAAACAUGGGUUGUACUCCUUUCCCCGAAAACAGUUCCCCAGAAUGAAAAAACCCAAAAUUUCAAUCGCCAGAAAGAACUAUUUCUCUUUUUUCCCCAGGGGAACCAUUCCCUAGAAAAAAAUUCGACAGAGGGAUCAUUUCCCAGAAAAUUUAAAAUAUUUCUCCAUACUGGAACUGAACUGUAAACUGGAACUAGCUGAAAAUUUUUACCAUUCUUUUUUUCGAAAUAAUCCAACUGCUUAAAUCCAUAACUUUUUUAGGGCCAAGGGUUUAAAAGAAAUACAUAUAUCUCCUUACCGAAAAACUUAGUACUGAUGUACGUUUCAAAAAGAUGAAUGAUAUAAUGAAUGCGUUAUUUUUACAAUCCCUUUAGUGGAAUUUCAUCCUUAUUCGAUAUGGAAGCGGAUGACGAUUGAUGCAUACACUAGCAACCGAAAAAUCCAUAUUCAAUUAAAUGCAUGCCUUCAAAGUUCCAUAUUGGCUGAAUAAAGGUUUUCAGGAUAAAUUAUUUUCCGAUAGCCUUGAGUCUGGAGUGCAUUAUAUUCACAAUCGAGCAUAGAAAAUUGAGAAGGAAAUUAUUAUUUUGGGUAAACAAAAAAGUUAAUGGAAUAGAGUUCCCAGGUAAAAUAAAACGCAAUUUUUAUGAAACGAUCCUAAGUAUGAAAUUGUCCUAAAAGUUCUUAGAAGGACCUGAUCGAAAAUUUAUUCGCGCGAACUUGUCCCCCUAACAUUUAAUGCGCCUCUAUUUAUUUACACGGUGUUCUGUCCUACGAUACCAUAAUCUGAUGAACAACAUUCCUCCAAUUCACUACCUAAAGGCCCUAAAUUGGCUUUUUAUAUUAAUGGGACCACCGAAAUAAGAUCCGUUCUAGUGAUAAAUGGCUUUUCGGGUUUAAACCGGUCGUUUUGUCCAAGGACCUUAACCUUGUUAAGAAAAACCAGUCGAAAUUUUCCAAAAUUAAAUCGUCAGGAACGAUUUAUUUUAUAGCAACAAAAAAACUUAUCAUCCAGUUGAAGUCUCCGAGGGGCGAAAUCAGCACCAGAACGCUUCUUCAUUCAUGCAUUCACAUAUGUAUGUUCGGUAAGACGAGGAAAACGUCAGACGCUAAGGUGUCACUUAAUUGUGGAUAAUGUUUAAAUUAGUUUGACCUUUAUAUCAUCGCUGUACUAGCUCGAGAUGGGAGUUACAUGCCCGGACGUUAUGUACUUUGGCAGAUAUUUUGCUAUUUACAGGCGACGAAAGACUACUCAUUGUUUUGAGGCAUGGAAUUGGAAUUUACGUUAGGGUGGUUCAAUUUACUUUUGUAUAAUCAAAACCCAAAUCACUCUCGAUGGAACGAAAACAAACAACAUUCGAGAUGCGCCCUACUAUUUAGCGAUGUAGUACGAACAGACUGCAUUAAUCGAUAUCGGCUCGGCUUGGCUUGGACGUUACUAAAUCAUCGUCGUUUGCGUAAUCUACAUGAAAGCAAUCGUUAUCGCCCGGUUGGAAUCAACAGCUCAUCAUUUAUAUAAAACAAAAAUAUAACGAACUGCGCGAGCCUCAAACAAGGUGCGAUUCGAGCUGUUUCAUUCAGCUUUUUUGUACGUUUGAAGGUACGAAUGAACAAUUCCAAACAAAAUGUUCAACAAGCUCAGGUUAGCUAAGGUGUGUAAACAAAAACCUAAUCAAUGAAAGUGAGUCAUUGAUUUUGGUUCUGAGAUACAUUCAUACAAGUGAGGAAAACUCUAAAUGUUUAAAACACUUAGAAUUUGAUCUUCAAGCUAUUCCCGUAUUUGUCUACUGAUAAUAAAAUUAUGACUAUGUGGGUUGCUCAGUACAGCAGUGAGCAGAGAUAGUAUUACCGUUGACUUUUCCAUUUUGGGUCAACAUACUACAAUAAUUUUUUAAAAUUUAUUUUGUGGAAUAUUAAUUUUAGAGCAAAAGCAUUCCUAUACAAAAACCUUCAAUACUUUGAUGUUUUCAUUUGUCAUGUCACGGAUUAUACGAUUAAACGUUUUGUCCCUUGCAACGAAUUUCAUGUCCAGAAAACCCCGCUCAAAAAUUUGCGAAAAUGCGCUCAAAAUUAAACACACAACUAAAACUUGCCUACUCUAAGACACAAAUGUUCUAAGAACAAGCGUUCUGACCUUGUAGUUUUUGACAAUUUACAAAUCGAGCCAGAAUGGAAUAGGCUUAAGACAACACAAUUGAAACAGCACAAUCAACCACUGACUGAAUCAUAUUGACAAAGUGAACACACACGAACUGGUUUUGAUACGCAGCAUUUUUAGGGAUCGUAGAGCAAACUAUUUCUAUAGAAAAAUACCAUAUCAAAAAUCACUUUAUAUAAACAAGCAACAAAUAAUCACAAACUAUCUAAACGUCUUUUAUAAAACGAUAAUGUACGAUUGCAAUUUUUUUAAACUGUUGAAAGAUAAUCAUUCAAAAAAGAAGAUCAGGGAGCUAGAAAAUAUAAAUGAAUGGAAAAACUACCGUUUUUAGACUUCAUUAUAUCCUUAAGAUCAAUUCAGAAUCGAGCGAAUAUGAUUUGAAAUCAAAGCUAACUUAAACUAUGAGUAGAAGUUUUUAUCGCAAACCAUAAUUUGACUCAGUGUAAAUAUAGCAAUAACAUACGGAUUAUCAACAUUCUUGACAGUGAAUUAGAACAGAGUAUAAGAAGAAAGGCAUACCCGCUGUUGGACGAUAUGGUUUGAAUUUUACUUUUUUGUGUUUGCUAAGUUAGAUAAGUGCAAAUAUGUUAUUUUAUCAGCUUUGAAGUAUUGCCUUGCUUAAACCUGUAAAGAAAAAAAAAGGAAGAGAGACACACCAACAAACACAUUCGGUAUAAAAAGUUACAAUUAUGUAGACUUAUUGUUUCGUAUUUUUGUAUCGUGUACGAUUUAGGAACGAAUGUUAUAAUAAUAAUCAACUCAAGUCAA